AUGGCCGGGAGUGGAUUUGAGUCGGAAUCGUCGUCCACACAAAAUCCUAACAAGUCCGACUAUGCAGAAGGUGAGGAUUAUAAACCAGAAGCCUUUGUAGGUCAAGAUUUGGAACAGAGCUCCAAAAACAGGAAUGCAGCAGGUGAUGACGGUGACUUAGAUAGGUAUGAGCUGAACGCUGCAGCUUCUAGAGAAUUGUCUAGAAGAAUGACCGGUGCUGACAAGUUAAUAGAAGAAGCUAAUAAUACAGAUGAGCCAAUGCCGGUAAUGGGUGGUGGAAGAGAUUACCCACCACCAAUCGGAGAUAGAGAGAUCUACUCCGUAACUUUUGAUGGACCAAAUGAUCCAGACCAUCCUCACAAUUGGCCACUUAAGACUAAAGUGUUGAUCUGUUUCUGUGUGGGAAUUAUUGCACUUGGAUCCACUGUUGGUUCUGCUAUUUUCGCUGAAGCCUCCGCAGAUCUUGAGAGGAUAUACCAUGUCGGAAGAGAAGUGGCUACUUUGGGUACAUCAUUUUAUGUUUUUGGGUUUGCAUCUGGUCCAGUUAUUUGGGGUCCAUUAUCUGAGUUAUACGGAAGAUUUACCGUUAUGAUUCCAGCUUGUUUUGUUUUUACAUGUUUUUCAUUUGCAUGUGCCACAGCAAAAGAUAUACAAACAAUUUUGAUUUGUAGAUUCUUUACUGGGUUCUUCGGAGCAGCCCCAAUGGUGGCCGCUCCUGCUGCAUUAGCUGAUUUAUUCAAUGCUGGAUCAAGAGGUCAAGCCAUGGCUCUUUUCGCGCUGGUGUUAUUCGGUGGCCCAAUGUUAGGACCAAUUUUCGGAGGAUUCAUUGUAAAGAAUCCCCACCUUGGAUGGAGAUGGUGUGAAUACUUUACAGGGAUUGUAGGAGUCGUUGGUUUACUUUCUAGUGUUCCUUUAUACCAGGAAACACAUCAUCCCUUAAUUUUGGUCAAGAAGGCCGAAACCUUGAGAAGAAGGACUGGAAAUUGGGGAAUUCAUGCUCCUCAUGAAGAAUUUCGCUUGACCAUUAAAGAAAUUGUUCAAAAAAAUAUUUCAAGACCACUUAUUAUGUUGUUCACUGAACCUAUUUUAUUCUUCAUCACUUUGUACAAUGCCUUUAUUUAUGGUUUGCUUUAUCUUAUGCUUACCGCAGUCCCAUUGGUCUUCCAAGGGCAAUAUGGUUGGGUAGUUGGUGUAGCGCAAUUACCAUAUAUUUCUAUGUUGAUUGGUAUUUUAAUUGGUGCUGCUAUUUGUGUCUACUUUGAGAGUAAGUAUAACGUUAAGAUGAUUGCCAAUGGAGGUAAGCCAAUUCCAGAAGAUAGAUUACCCCCAAUGAUGGUUGGAGGAAUACUCUUUGCUAUUGGUUUAUUCUGGUUCGGUUGGACUGGUAACUACCCAGAUAAGAUUCAUUGGAUUGUUCCAACGAUUUCCUUGUCAUUCAUUGGUUGUGGAUUGAUCACAAUUUUCUUACCGUGCCUCAAUUAUAUUAUUGAUUGCUACUUAAUGUUUGCUGCAUCUGCAUUGGCCGGUAAUACCUUCUUGAGAUCAUUGUUUGGAGGUAUCUUCCCGCUCUUUGCAAUCCAAAUGUUUGAAGCUAUGCAUAUUAGAUUCGCUGGUACUUUGUUGGGAUGUGUUGCACUUAUUUUAGUGCCGGUUCCAUUCCUUUUCUACUACAAGGGUAAAUACUUAAGAACAAAGUCCAAGUAUGCCUUUGUCUUGUAG